GUCCCUCUUCCCCACUACCACCCAAUAACAAAAUAAAUACAAAAAGAGAGUGAGAUAACCUGCAACUCGAUUUCGCCCUAAAAUUUCCCCCCAAAAUUCUCCCAAUCUUUCUUAUUUUCUUGGCAAUAAUUCUCAGCCCCAGUGAUGAAAACAGGAUUUCACAUCAACUGUAACUAAGGAAUUCGAUUUUAGUUUCAGCCAUGUGUUAUAGCAAAGCCCCAAAAAUGAACAACAAUGAUGUAAUGAGUGAUAUUUUACUGAGGCUACCAUUGAAGGAUUUGGUGGGAUGCAAAUGUGUCUGCAAAUGGUGGAAUACUCUCAUCUCGGACCCCAUUUUCAAGUUGAAUUAUUCGCUGCGAAACCCUCAGUACAAUAUCUCAGGGUUCUUCCUACAGAAAUUCUUGUACCUUGAGCUGCAUUCGAAAUUGUUGUUCUUUCCUUGUGAAGGACGAGUAGAUGCUGCUCCUAAACCAUCUCUCUCUUUCAUAGAAGAUGAUAAAGGUGUUUGUAUACAACAUUCUUGCAACGGGCUUCUCAUAUGCAGCAGUUUCCGAUGUGGAGAAGAAGAUCGCAAAUACUACAUCUGUAAACCUACUACCAAACAGUAUUUUCCCCUGCCGAAUCUUGAAUGCAGAACUGUAUUUGGCAUUAGCAUUGCAUAUGAUCCUAACAGAUCACCUCAUUACAAGAUUGUUUCCAUUUGUGAUUCAUAUUUAUCGAAAAAUCAUCGCCAGAUAAAGAUAUACAGUCCUGUCACAGGCUCAUGGAAACCCUCAGGUAAACCAUUCACUGUUCCAGACGAAGAUAUGUUGUUCAACCGAGGAGUCUUCUGGAACGGUUCAUUACAUUGGAUUGGCAUGGGAAAUUUGGCACUUCGAUUCGACCCUGAAACAGAACUUAUGCUAACAAUGCCAAUGCCUCCAACACAACGAAAGCCGGGAUAUUUUGGAGAAUCAGGAGGUCAUUUACUUCUAGUCGAAGCCUACGGUCCUCUUACUGUUGGAUUCAACAUAAUGGAGAUGAAAGCUGACUAUUCUGGUUGGUUUGUCAAGUACCAUCUAAUUCUUGAUCAAGUAGCGAGGCGAUGUCAGGCCAUAGAAAGGGCUAACCGGUUAUCGAUCUUACAUAUUGUUCAUAAUCAUGUAGAAGAUGUAGAUGAGUCAUUCAUAGUGAUUCAUGUUCCAGGUGAGUUUGUCUCAUUUAAACUUAGAGAUUAUAGUUUCAUGGAUCUUCAGACAAAUAAUCAUGUGGAUUCAGGGCUAGGAUUAUGGUAUUCCUGGGAGGGAGUUUAUCCUUAUACAAACACUUUCUUUUAUCUUUGAACUUUUUGCUUUAACUUUUUUUUAAUAUAAUUUACAUUUUAAUAAA